AUGGAGGUUGUGGGAUUGGUAUCGGGUGGUAAGGACAGCUGCUACAAUAUGAUGUGCGCCAUUAAAUCCGGCCAUAGGAUUGUCGCCUUGGCUAACCUCCAUCCAGGUGAUCGCGAAGAGUUGGACUCUUAUAUGUACCAAAGUGUCGGCAGCGAGGGUGUUUAUGUACGUGUGUUCCAAUACAAGAAUGAUUCCGAGCAGUUCCUCUUGUGA